GACCCCCCAUCUCCUUCUCAUGCCAUUUCAUCUUCCCCCUAAUCCCCGCCCCCGGAAGUCUCAACCGACCGCUUUAGGACGACCCAUCGAAUGGGAGGAGCAGGAGCAAUGGCUGUGCAAGCCCAGUAUCCAUCUAACGCCCUCUCCGCGAAUUUCCGGGCCAGGUGAGACCCUGCCUGCCCCAAUAUUCGUUAGUUUUGGAGCGCUUCUCUUGCCUUUCCUUCCUGACAAGUCUUUCUUCUCCAGAACUCGGAACAAUGUCCCCAUGCUCCAAGAUUGCAACCCCCAUCUCCACCAACUCGGGAGUCUCCCCGGCACCUACAGCUAUCUUGGUGAGCCACCCCGAGCCCGCGCUCCUUCUUGUUCCCCUUCUCCUCCGAGAUCAUGUGCUCAUCGAACGGCUGUGAUUGGAUCAGCAGGGCAACGGCAAGGCUUUAAUAACUGUACGGUGUUCAGCGAUCCGACGAGCGAGCUAACGUGCAACGCCUCGGGUUCCCGGAAGCGGAUCCGAGACGAGGAGCCCAUGGCGCUGCCCCAUCCCGACCCGGACCACAACACCGUCCCCGUCUUCGGAUAUCCAAGUCUAAAUCUCGCCGCGCUUCCGUUGAAACCCGACGCCACUGUCGUAGCCACCACCGGCGCUCGGUUGUCGCACGAGCAGAGCCGCUUGCUCGACUCCGCGGGGACUUCUACCAGCGGGCGCCCCGCCGCCGCUUCGCCGCUCGCCGUGUCCCCUCUCGCCCAGGAACUCGCCUUCCAUCUCUACCAGCAGAACGUUGAGAUCGACGCCCUCGUCCGCCUCCAGAAUGAGAGGCUUCGAUCGGGAUUGGAGGAGGUCCGGAAGAGAUAUUGCCGGGUGGUGCUGUCGGCGGUGGAGCAGCGUGUGGCGAAGCGACUGAGGGAAAAGGAGACGGAGCUGGAGGAUGCGACCCGCCGGAAUGUGGAGCUGGAGGAGAAAGUAAGGCAGAUGAGCGCCGAGAACCAGAUGUGGUUCAACGUCGCCAAGAACAACGAAGCCAUUGUUAAUAGUCUUCGGACGAGCCUGGAGCAGGUGCUCCUCCAGAACGACGCUUCCGCCGCCCCCGACCACGGCAAUCAGGGCCGUGAGGGCUACGGGGACAGUGAGGGCGCGGCGGCUUUGUUCCCGGCCGAUGACGCGCAGUCGUGUUGCUUCGAGGAGGAUAGGAGGGAGGCAGAGGCGGCGGUGGCGCGGGAGAACGAGGAGCUCCGUUUGCGGAGGGUGUGCAAGGUGUGCAGGGACAAGGACGCGUGCGUUCUUCUGCUCCCCUGCCGGCACCUUUGCUUGUGCAUGGUCUGCGCACCGAAGAUCGCCACGUGUCCCAUCUGCCACUCCAUGAAGAACGCUUCCCUCCAAAUCUUCACGUGCUGAUCCCCCGGUCAUCUUCUCCUCCAUCUUCUGCUCGACCGUCCGAUGAGUCUGGAAUCGUCUGUGAAGUUUUUUUUUUUACUUUUCCCUUUUUUUUUUUUUGGCUUUGCGAACUCUCUUUUGGUAAUGCUUUACGAUGCACGCUGUAUCGGAGCAUUCCUGCUGCUACUGUAACGAAAACUUCUCGGUAAAGUUUUCUUUUUUCUUUUUUCUUAUUGACAAAAAAAAAAAAUUUCCUUCUUUCUUCAGCAGACGCCCGCUUAUUUUUUCUCUUGGAGAUCUAAUAUUGGUCAUGAGAGUUUUAAGAGCUACACUUCAUUCGGUGCGGAGUUUAUCACCCGAUGUAUUGCUUAUAGGCUUGUUGUACUUGAGGAAAAUAUAAAAUGCCCAAUUAUUUUGUU